AUGCUGGAGUCUCUGAUAGCUGAUAAGAGUGGUUCUAAGAAGACUCUCCGCAGCAGUCUGGAGGGACCCACCAUCAUUGACAUGGAGAAGUUCCACAGAGAAUCCUUCUUCUAUACACACCUGCUGAACUUCAGCGGUAAGGAGUUUACAGAACCAUCCUGCUCUGUCUGUCCCCCCUAACAGAGACCCUGCAGCAGUGCUGUGACCUGUCUGUUCCCCUGUUCCCUCUUUAACCCUAACCAUCUGUCCCCCCUAACAGAGACCCUGCAGCAGUGCUGUGACCUGUCUGUUCCCCUGUUCCCUCUUUAACCCUAACCAUCUGUCCCCCCCUAACAGAGACCCUGCAGCAGUGCUGUGACCUGUCUGUUCCCCUGUUCCCUCUUUAACCCUAACCAUCUGUCCCCCCUAACAGAGACCCUGCAGCAGUGCUGUGACCUGUCUGUUCCCCUGUUCCCUCUUUAACCCUAACCAUCUGUCCCCCCUAACAGAGACCCUGCAGCAGUGCUGCGACCUGUCUCAGCUGUGGUUUAGAGAGUUCUUCCUGGAGCUGACCAUGGGUCGCAGGAUCCAGUUCCCCAUCGAGAUGUCCAUGCCCUGGAUCCUCACAGACCACAUACUGGAGACCAAGGAGGCCUCUAUGAUGGAGUAAGGAAGUCACAGUGACACACACAGUAGUGGAUAUAGAGCUAACGAACCAGCCAACUUCCAUCCAGAUCCAGUCUUAUGAAGUCUCUGUCCUGUCCUGUCCUCCAGGUAUGUGCUGUACCCUCUGGACCUCUAUAAUGACAGCGCUCACUAUGCCCUCACCAAGUUCAAGAAGCAGUUCCUCUACGAUGAGAUUGAAGCAGAGGUAUGUAGGUCACCAUUAGACUGGUAGGUCACCAUUAGACUGGUAGGUCACCAUUAGACUAGUAGGUCACCAUUAGACUGGUCACCACUACAGCAGAGGUAUGUAGGUCACCAUUAGACUGGUAGGUCACCAUUAGACUGGUCAUCACUACAGCAGAGGUAUGUAGGUCACCAUUAGACUGGUCACCACUACAGCAGAGGUAUGUAGGUCACCAUUAGACUGGUCAUCACUACAGCAGAGGUAUGUAGGUCACCAUUAGACUGGUCAUCACUGCAGCAGAGGUAUGUAGGUCACCAUUAGACUAGUAGGUCACCAUUAGACUGGUCAUCACUAACAGCAGAGGUAUGUAGGUCACCAAUUAGACUAGUAGGUCACCAUUAGACUGGUCAUCACUACAGCAGAGUAUGUAGGUCACCAUUAGACUGGUCAUCACUACAGCAGAGGUAUGUAGGUCACCAUUAGACUAGUAGGUCACCAUUAGACUGGUCCAUCACUAAAGCAGAGGUAUGUAGGUUCACCAUUAGACUGGUCAUCACUACAGCAGAGGUAUGUAGGUCACCAUUAGACUGGUCAUUCACUGCAGCAGAGGUAUGUAGGUCACCAUUAGACCUGGUAGGUCCACCAUUAGACUGGUCAUCACUACAGCAGAGGUAUGUAGGUUCACCAUUAGACUGGUAGGUCACCAUUAGACUGGUCAUCACUACAGCAGAGGUAUGUAGGUCACCAUUAGACUGGUCAUCACUACAGCAGAGGUAUGUAGGUCACCAUUAGACUGGUCAUCACUGCAGCAGAGGUAUGUAGGUCACCAUUAGACUAGUAGGUCACCAUUAGACUGGUCAUCACUACAGCAGAGGUAUGUGGUCACCAUUAGAGGUCAUCACUAAGCAAGGAUGUAGGUCACCAUUAGACUGGUCAUCACUACAGCAGAGGUAUGUAGGUCACCAUUAGACUGGUCACACUACAGCAGAGGUAUAUAGGUCACCAUUAGACUGUAGGUCACCAUUAGACUGGUCAUCACUACAGCAGAGGUAUGUAGGUCACCAUUAGACUAGUAGGUCACCAUUAGACUGGUCAUCACUACAGCAGAGGUAUGUAGGUCACCAUUAGACUGGUCAUCACUACAGCAGAGGUAUGUAGGUCACCAUUAGACUAGUAGGUCACCAUUAGACUGGUCAUCACUACAGCAGAGGUAUGUAGGUCACCAUUAGACGUGGUCCCCAAAACUCUACAGCAGAGGUAUGUAGGUCACCAUUAGACUAGUCACCAUUAGACUGGUCACCACUACAGCAGAGGUAUGUAGGUCACCAUUAGACUAGUCAUCACUACAGCAGAGGUAUGUAGGUCACCAUUAGACUAGUAGGUCACCAUUAGACUGGUCAUCACUGCAGCAGAGGUAUGUAGGUCACCAUUAGACUGGUCAUCACUACAGCAGAGGUAUGUAGGUCACCAUUAGACUGGUCAUCACUACAGCAGAGGUAUGUAGGUCACCAUUAGACUGGUAGGUCACCAUUAGACUGGUAGGUCACCAUUAGACUAGUAGGUCACCAAUAGACUGGUCACCACUACAGCAGAGGUAUGUAGGUCACCAUUAGACUAGUAGGUCACCAUUAGACUGGUCAUCACUACAGCAGAGGUAUGUAGGUCACCAUUAGACUGGUCAUCACUACAGCAGAGGUAUGUAGGUCACCAUUAGACUGGUCAUCACUACAGCAGAGGUAUGUAGGUCACCAUUAGACUGGUCAUCACUACAGCAGAGGUAUGUAGGUCACCAUUAGACUGGUCAUCACUACAGCAGAGGUAUGUAGGUCACCAUUAGACUGGUAGGUCACCAUUAGACUGGUAGGUCACCAUUAGACUGGUCAUCACUGCAGCAGAGGUAUGUAGGUCACCAUUAGACUAGUAGGUCACCAUUAGACUGGUCAUCACUACAGCAGAGGUAUGUAGGGCACCAUUAGACUAGUAGGUCACCAUUAGACUGGUCAUCACUACAGCAGAGGUAUGUAGGUCACCAUUAGACUGGUCAUCACUACAGCAGAGGUAUGUAGGUCACCAUUAGACUGGUAGGUCACCAUUAGACUGGUCAUCACUACAGCAGAGGUAUGUAGGUCACCAUUAGACUGGUAGGUCACCAUUAGACUGGUUAUCACGACAGCAGAGGUAUGUAGGUCACCAUUAGACUGGUAGGUCACCAUUAGACUGGUAGGUCACCAUUAGACUGGUCAUCACUACAGCAGAGGUAUGUAGGUCACCAUUAGACUAGUAGGUCACCAUUAGACUGGUCAUCACUACAGCAGAGGUAUGUAGGUCACCAUUAGACUGGUAGGUCACCAUUAGACUGGUAGGUCACCAUUAGACUGGUCAUCACUACAGCAGAGGUAUGUAGGUCACCAUUAGACUAGUAGGUCACCAUUAGACUGGUCAUCACUACAGCAGAGGUAUGUAGGUCACCAUUAGACUAGUAGGUCACCAUUAGACUGGUCAUCACUACAGCAGAGGUAUGUAGGUCACCAUUAGACUAGUAGGUCACCAUUAGACUGGUCAUCACUACAGCAGAGGUAUGUAGGUCACCAUUAGACUGGUCAUCACUACAGCAGAGGUAUGUAGGUCACCAUUAGACUGGUCAUCACUACAGCAGAGGUAUGUAGGUCACCAUUAGACUGGUAGGUCACCAUUAGACUGGUCAUCACUACAGCAGAGGUAUGUAGGUCACCAUUAGACUGGUCAUCACUGCAGCAGAGGUAUGUAGGUCACCAUUAGACUAGUCACCAUUAGACUGGUAGGUCACCAUUAGACUAGUCACCACUGUGUCCCUGGGUAUACUUGUAUUAUUCUUUAUGAUUGUUAGACAUUGUGAUUAUUAUUGAUAUUGUACUGCCUUGAGGGAGCUUGCCAGUCAGCAUGUCCUCCAACUUUUAUACCUGCUGUACGUGACUAAUAACAUUAGAUUUUGAUUUGAAUGGUGGCCGUGCAUGAGGCUGUAUUUCCAAUCCCUAACCUACAUUACACCCUCUUACUGCAGGUCAACCUGUGUUUUGAUCAGUUUGUCUACAAGCUGGCUGAUCAGAUAUUUGCCUACUACAAGAUUCUAGCUGGAAGGUAUGUUAAAGUUUUGAAUCAAUACUGUUCAAUAACUGAAAAUACGGGGGCCGCUAGGUGCACAAUGUGCGACUGACGUGUUUUCCGUUUGCUCCCGCAGUAUUCUUAACGUUUAUGUGAAUUUUGCAAUAAAACUUUAUUUAUUUUCAAAUAUUAGUUUGGUGAUCCCUUUCUGUAGUACGCAAGACUACUUUGCUUUCAAAUGUCAGCAUGUCACGAAACAUAAAGCCAAGAUCAGGACUGAGAAAACCCGGCCUACAAGACCCAGGUUUCAUCACCGCCCUCUGCUGAGCCUGAAAGCCCGGAGACUCGCGCUUUGCAUCACUCAAAACAACAACAGAGUUGCACACCAUGACCUCUGCUACCAGUGUCUCCGACCUGACUACCUCUGGAGGCUGACGUGAAAUGCCUAAAGGAGAGGGAUUUUCUCGCCGCACCCAGAGUCAGCGCAAAUGCCUCGAGCCACGGAUUUAGUCUCUGGGCUGCUGAAGGAUGUUCUCGCCAUGGAUGAGAAGACCUUGAUUGAUCGUGCCCACCGGUCGCUGCGCCCAAAGCCCCGAGACUGUGAGAGGCCCCGUGACAUCAUUCUUCGAGUGCACUUUUUCCAUGAGAAGAUGGAGAUUCUCUGAUCCCGCAAUACCACUCUGAGCUUUCAAGGACAGAGUUUUUCUAUCUACCAGGACUACUCCCCCACUGUGUCCAGGCAGCGCGCAGCCAAACGACUACUAUGGGACCAUCCAGGUGUGAAGUACGGACUGCGAUUCCCGGCCCGCCUGUGGCUUUCUCAUGAUAGAAAAUACUACACCUUUGACUCUCCGGAGGAGGCUGUGGCUCACAUUCAACACCACAUCAAGAAGUCUUGAACUUGUUAAUAGAUCAGUAACUGUGGCUUGCCAACUUUGGAUAGGAAGUAAGAAGCCUACCUGUGCUACAACUGUGCUAUUUCUGUAUAGUUCAGAAGUAGGCGAACCCACUCAGGGUUAUUUGAAGUAGGCGAACCCACUCAGGGUUAUUUGAAGUAGGGGAACCAACUCAGGCUUAUUUGAAGUAGGCGAACCAACUCAGGCUUAUUUGAAGUAGGCGAACCAACUCAGGCUUAUUUGAAGUAGGCUAACCCACUCAGGCUUAUUUUAUGUGAUCGAAUGUUUUUGUGAUCAUCUAGAUUCGUUGCCUUAUAAGCAUUCAGUCGCUUUUUAUUAUAUUUUAUUAAGGGUUUACGUAAUUCCUUUGUUUACAUACACUGACCUAUUGAGUUAGUUUACAUACUGUCUCACUGACUUAUUGAGUUAGUUUACAUACUGUCUCACUGACUUAUUGAGUUAGUUUACAUACUGUCUCACUGACUUAUUGAGUUAGUUUACAUACUGUCUCAUUGACCUAUUGAGUUAGUUUACAUACUGUCUCACUGACUAUUGAGUUAGUUUACAUACUGUCUCACUGACCUAUUGAGUUAGUUUACUACUGUCUCACUGACUAUUGAGUUAGUUUACAUAACUGUCUCCACUGACCUAUUGAGUUAGUUUACAUACUGUCUCACUGACUAUUGGUUAGUUUACAUACUGUCCACUGACUUAUUGAGUUAGUUUACAUACUGUCUCACUGACCUAUUGAGUUAGUUGUACAUACUGUCUCACUGACUUAUUGAGUUAGUUUACAUACUGUCUCACUGACCUAUUGAGUUAGUUUACAAUACUGUCUCAACUGACUUAUUGAGUUAGUUUACAUACUGUCUCACUGACUUAUUGAGUUAGUUUACAAUACUGUCUCACUGACUUAUUGAGUUAGUUUACAUACUGUCUCACUGACUAUUGAGUUAGUUUACAUACUGUCUCACUGACUUAUUGAGUUAGUUUACAUACUGUCUCACUGACUAUUGAGUUAGUUUACAUACUGUCUCACUGACUAUUGAGUUAGUUUACAUACUGUCUCACUGACUUAUUGAUUAGUUUACAUACGUUCUGACUUAUGAGUAGUUACAUACUGUCUCACUGACUUAUUGAGUUAGUUUACAUACUGUCUCACUGACUUAUUGAGUUAGUUUACAUACUGUCUCACUGACUUAUUGAGUUAGUUUACAUACUGUCUCAACUUGGUAGUUUCUGUCUCACUGACUUUGAGUUAGUUUACAUACUGUCUCACUGACUUAUUGAGUUAGUUUACAUACUGUCUCACUGACUUAUGAGACUACUCUGAGUUAGUUUUUACAUACUGUCUCACUGACUUAUUGAGUUAGUUUACAUACUGUCUCACUGACUUAUUGAGUUAGUUUACAUACUGUCUCACUGACUUAUUGAGUUAGUUUACAUACUGUCUCACUGACUUAUUGAGUUAGUUUACAUACUGUCUCACUGACUUAUUGAGUUAGUUUACAUACUGUCUCACUGACUUAUUGAGUUAGUUUACAUACUGUCCUCACUGACUUAUUGAGUUAGUUUACAUACUGUCUCACUGACUUAUUGAGUUAGUUUACAUACUGUCUCACUGACUUAUUGAGUUAGUUUACAUACUGUCUCACUGACUUAUUGAGUUAGUUUACAUACUGUCUCACUGACUUAUUGAGUUAGUUUACAUACUGUCUCACUGACUUAUUGAGUUAGUUUACAUACUGUCUCACUGACCUAUUGAGUUAGUUUACAUACUGUCUCACUGACCUAUUGAGUUAGUUUACAUACUGUCUCACUGACUUAUUGAGUUAGUUUACAUACUGUCUCACUGACUUAUUGAGUUAGUUUACAUACUGUCUCACUGACUUAUUGAGUUAGUUUACAUACUGUCUCACUGACUUAUUGAGUUAGUUUACAUACUGUCUCACUGACCUAUUGAGUUAGUUUACAUACUGUCUCACUGACUUAUUGAGUUAGUUUACAUACUGUCUCACUGACCUAUUGAGUUUAGUUUACAUACUGUCCUCACUGACUUAUUGAGUUAGUUUACAUACUGGUCUCACUGACUUAUUGAGUUUAGUUACAUACUGUCUCACUGACCUAUUGAGUUAGUUUACUACUGUCUCACUGACUUAUUGAGUUAGUUUACAUACUGUCCUCACUGACUUAUGAGUUAGUUUACAUCUGUCUCACUGACCAUUGAGUUAGUUUACAUACUGACUAUUGAGUUAGUUUACAUACUGUCCUCAACUGACCUAUUGAGUUAGUUUACAUACUGGUCCUCACUGACCUAUUGAGUUAGUUUACAUACUGUCUCUGACCUUAUUGGAGUUAGUUUACAUACUGUCCCUGACGACUAUUGAGUUAGUUUAAUACUGUCUCAUGACCUAUUGAGUUAGUUUACAUACUGUCUCACUGGACCUAUUGAGUAGUUUUACCUGGCUCAUUGACCUAUGGAGUUCGUUUACAUACUGCUCCUCUUAUUGACCUAUUUGAGUUAGUUUACAUACUUUCUCAUCUGACUAUUGAGUUAGUUGACAUACUGUAUCCAUGACUUAUUGAGUUAGUUUACAUACUGUCUCAUUGACUUAUUGAGUUAGUUUACAUACUGUCUCAUUGACCUAUUGAGUUAGUUUACAUACUGUCUCACUGACCUAUUGAGUUAGUUUACAUACUGUCUCACUGACUUAUUGAGUUUAGUUUACAUACUGUCUCACUGACCUAUUGAGUUAGUUUACAUACUGUCUCACUGACUUCUUGAGUGAGUUUACAUACUGUCCUCACGACCUAUUGAGUUAGUUUACAUACUGUCUCACUGACCUAUUGAGUUAGUUUACAUACUGUCCUCACUGACUUAUUGAGUUAGUUUACAUACUGUCUCACUGACUUAUGAGUUAGUUUACAUACUGUCUCACUGACCUUAUUGAGUUAGUUUACAUACUGUCUCACUGACCUAUUGAGUUAGUUUACAUACUGUCUCACUGACUAUUGAGUUAGUUUACCAUACUGUCUCACUGACUUAUUGAGUUAGUUUACAUACUGUCUCAUUGACCUAUUGAGUUAGUUUACAUACUGUCUCACGACCUAUUGAGUUAGUUUACAUACUGUCUCAUUGACCUAUUGAGUUAGUUUACAUACUGUCUCACUGACCUAUUGAGUUAGUUUACAUACUGUCUCACUGACUUAUUGAGUUAGUUUACAUACUGUCUCACUGACCUAUUGAGUUAGUUUACAUACUGUCUCACUGACCUAUUGAGUUAGUUUACAUACUGUCUCACUGACCUAUUGAGUUAGUUUACAUACUGUCUCACUGACUUAUUGAGUUAGUUUACAUACUGUCUCACUGACCUAUUGAGUUAGUUUACAUACUGUCUCACUGACUUAUUGAGUUAGUUUACAUACUGUCUCACUGACUUAUUGAGUUAGUUUACAUACUGUCUCACUGACCUAUUGAGUUAGUUUACAUACUGUCUCAUUGACUUAUUGAGUUAGUUUACAUACUGUCUCAUUGACUUAUUGAGUUAGUUUACAUACUGUCUCAUUGACUUAUUGAGUUAGUUUACAUACUGUCUCACUGACCUAUUGACUCCAUUCCGGUCUUACUUUGAACAGUCCACCCUCUGAUGGCAUUCUUAUUAAAACAAAAAUACAGCUGUAUUUGACACCCGUGUGAUUUACUGAUUGGAGGAGCAUUUCUUUUUUUGUAUUUUUUUUGGGGGAGGACAUUGAGAUUGGUGAUGUGCCCAUUUGAUUCUUAAUGAAUGUGACUUGUAGAUGCCUUAUUCCGCUUGCCCUGUCAGAGCCUAAAAUGUGAUCUUAUUUUGCUCUGUUUGAAUGUGUGAGUAGUUGAGUUUCUCCACCCCUAUCCCUCAGCUGUUUACAGGACAUUACCCUUUAACCUUUGUACCCUUCUGCCCAGCGGGUUUAACUUGUCUAAAGUAUCUUUAUAGUUGUCUUAUUGUUUUUUAUAGUUUUGUUUGAGUGUCUUUCUUUAUAUUGUGUUGAAUCGUGUGUAAUGUAAAACUGAAUAAACAGAGAGAUAUAUAUAUAUAUAUAUAUAAUAUAAUAUAAUAUAUAUAAUAUAUAUAAUAUACUGUGUUGCUCUUCUCUUUCUCCCCAGUCUGCUCCUGGAUAAGCGUCUGAGAGCGGACUGUAAGAACCAGGGAGCCAACAUCCCCUGGCCCGCAUCCAACCGCUACGAGACCCUGUUGAAACAACGCCACGUUCAGGUAACCCACUAACCCCUGGCCUGCGUCCAACCGCUAUGAGACCCUGUUGAAACAACGCCACGUCCAGAUCACCCCUAACCUCUGACCCGUAACCAUCCAACUGCUACGAGACUCUGCUAAAACAACGCCACGUCCAGAUCACCCCUAACCUCUGACCCGUAACCAUCCAACCGCUACGAGACUCUGCUAAAACAACGCCACGUUCAGGUAACCCACUAACCCCUGGCCUGCGUCCAACCGCUAUGAGACCCUGUUGAAACAACGCCACGUCCAGAUCACCCCUAACCUCUGACCCGUAACCAUCCAACUGCUACGAGACUCUGCUAAAACAACGCCACGUCCAGAUCACCCCUAACCUCUGACCCGUAACCAUCCAACCGCUACGAGACUCUGCUAAAACAACGCCACGUCCAGAUCACCCCUAACCUCUGACCCCUAACCCUCCAACUGCUACGAGACUCUGCUAAAACAACGCCACGUCCAGAUCACCCCUAACCUCUGACCCCUAACCCUCCAACUAGAGGUAUUCAUGGUCCGAGUGGGUCCGGGUCCUAAAUUCUGAUUUUUGUAUUGGAUCUGUAUGGUGGUCCUCUGGUCCUCUGUAGCUCAGCUGGUAGAGCACGGCGCUGGUAACGCCAGGGUAGUGGGUUCGAUCCCCGGGACCACCCAUACACUAAAAUGUAUGCACGCAUGACUGUAAGUCUCUUUGGAUAAAAGUGUCUGCUACAUUUACAUUUACAUUUACGUCAUUUAGCAGACGCUCUUAUCCAGAGCGACUUACAAACUAAAUGGCAUAUUAUUAUUAUUAUUAUUAUUAUUAUUAUUAUCUGGGUUGGGUCUGAUAUAAUUGACACGGGUCUUGGGUAUGUGCAAUUAAAGUUGAUUUACCGAAUGGACCCCUCCUCUGUUAAUGUGUGAGGUGAUGAGAACUGUGUCAGCCAAUUACAACUCAAUGAAACGUAUAGCUUAUGUCCAGCUGAAACUGGUUCUGGUCACUCGCCUCACGUGCGCCUGCUUCUGAGGAGAGAGCGGGAGUGAAAGGAGGCUUGGCCUGGGCUACUGUUGAUUGCGAAGAUGGAGACCUUUUUUCAUUUAAGUGAAACUAAAGUUCGAGGAGAACGAGUGAAAAGAAGCCGGCAAGUUUUAAAGGGAUAAUCCAUCCCAAACCACUAAUUCCUAUGCUUAACAGUGUUAAAUAAAACAAAUAUGUGAAAAUAUAUUUUUUGAACAAACAUUUCAUAUUGUCAUAUAACAAGGUUGGUAGAAACGUGGAAAUCUGUUGCAGCUCAAGUCUACUACAAAACCCACAAUGCAAUGCGCACUCUCUGGGCUGUCUGGCUGGCUAGCUAGCUAGAAAACAUAGCUACACACAAUAAUACCAGAGUCAAUAUCAGCAUGUGAAGUAGCUAGUUAGCUGUAAAAUCACAUAAACAAACUGCACUAUCAGUUUAGGAGUCUUACUCACGGAGUUCAACUUGCAGUUCGUCUCUGCCACUGAGCUAUAAAUGGCAUCUCUGCCCAGAGCGAGACCAGAGUUUAUAACUAAACCAAGAUAGACCACAACCUGUCGUUUCAAAUGGUAACAAAUGAGUCAUAGUGGGCAAAACAAGCAAGGAGGUGGGCGGAGCCAAGCACCAGCUAGAGAGAUCCUAUUGGUGUGUUCUAGCAAACAUUAGCAUAUUUCCGUUAGGGAACGCCUACUCUGUGAAGUGCACAUGUGCAAUAACUCAAUUCGCCUUUGCACUCCUUCAAAGCAAUUUUUUGAGACUUUGGCAAAUGGUAAAGUGUAAAACACAGACCACUCUGUUCGUAACAGAUUCUAGAUUUGGGAACAGAACACUGGAUUGAGGUCAAAUGUUACAUCGAUGAGAAAAUUAGCAGAAUGUCGGCCAAAAUUCUUCUCCCCACUUCCGGCCACUGGGCUUCCUCUCACUGCUAUAUUUGGUAGCGACUGCUUCACAUUUACACAUCAGGUGGAAUAUCUGUCUCCAUUAGAAUCGUAUUUGGAUUUAUUAGGGAUCCCCAUUACUCUUCCUGGGGUCCAAACAUAUUAAAGCACUUACAUUACAUAGAAAACAAAAUAUAAAACAGUACAUCAUAUAACAUUAUUACACCACUACAUAUCUACAAUACAACAUGUUUAAUACCACCAUACAACAAUAUUACAAUGUACGUGCGUGUGCUAGCGCUUGUGUGCGCAUGCGUGUCUACCUUUGCGAGUGUACAUAUUAACACCCUUUUGUGUACGUUGCCCAUAAGUCGUCAAUGGGCCGUGCGGUGCAUUCUGGGUGAUUCUGGGACAAGGAGAGCUCUCCUUCAAGGAGUGAAUGGGAGUCUAUUGGGCGCUAGCUAAAAAAACUGAACAUUAGCAUGAAUUUCGUAAACAAUAAGUACAACAUUGCAGAUAUUUUCCAAGAUGUGAGAUAAAUAACUUUUUUUCUGUAAUAUCGCAUCGCUUUGGAAUCGUGACAUUACGUACUUUAGAGGAAAAUAGGCAUGUUUCUCAACUUGUACCCUGACAUUGAGAAGGGAUUGAGUGACGAUUGGCUCAGCAACCGCGUGACGCAGCAUGACGACGUGAAUGCGAUUGAUCGACAGUCAGUAGGGUGGGCCGUUUCUCCAUUCAUUGCCCAAUGGGAUUCCUAUCUCCUCCUUUCUGUAAUAUCUCCGUUUCCCACAGGGUGCAUUGAAGGAGAAACGGAGGUGAAUAAUUUGGUACACUGUUUAGAUUAGGCACAUCUAAGUGAAAUAUAUACUUUGUCCUGACUAUAUAGAGGGAUGGAUGUGUUCUAGACAGGUAUGCCCUCUAUUGGCUGACGUGGUGAUCAGGAGCAGGUCAUUGUUGUGAUAGUGUGUUAUCUCCAGUGACGAGAAUUAUGUCGCUAUGACGCGUUCCUGAUUUUCACAGACGGACCACUUAGAAGUUAAAUCAUGGGGAAAUGUUUUAUUUUACCCACUGAUAGAACAUAGACUUUCACCAAAUUGACAGGAGUUUCAUGAUUUAUAUUUCUGAGGGUGGAUUAUCCCUUAGACAAAGAUGAGAACAUUUUUGUUGGCUAAAUUAAGUUCGAACUGUCUUUUUAAAUGUUUUGCUCCGUAUUUAGUUUCAGAUGGUUUGAAGGCAGGCCUAUUUUUAUUUAAAAAAUGAAUAUAAAGAAAGAGAAGCUUAGCCCCAGAGAGAGCGAGAAAGAUAAGAGAUAUGCCCGAGCAAUGUUCAUGCAUUCUUUAUACUUAUCUGAUAAGCUGUGUCUGCUAUAUCUUAUCUGAUAAGCUGUCUGCUAUAUCUUAUAUGAUAAGCUGCAUCUGCUAUAUCUUAUCAGAUAAGGUGUGUCUGCUAUAUCUUAUCUGAUAAGCUGUGUCUGCUAUAUCUUAUCUGAUAAGCUGUCUGCUAUAUCUUAUCUGAUAAGCUGUGUCUGCUAUAUCUUAUCAGAUAAGCUGUGUCUGCUAUAUCUUAUCUGAUAAGCUGUCUGCUAUAUCUUAUAUGAUAAGCUGCAUCUGCUAUAUCUUAUCAGAUAAGGUGUGUCUGCUAUAUCUUAUCUGAUAAGCUGUGUCUGCUAUAUCUUAUCAGAUAAGCUGUGUCUGCUAUAUCUUAUCUGAAAAGCUGUCUGCUAUAACUUAUCUGAUAAGCUGUCUGCUAUAUCUUAUCUGAUAAGCUGUGUCUGCUAUAUCUUAUCUGAUAAGCUGUCUGCUAUAUCUUAUCUGAUAAGCUGUGUCUGCUAUAUCUUAUCAGAUAAGCUGUGUCUGCUAUAUCUUAUCAGAUAAGCUGUGUCUGCUAUAUCUUAUCUGAUAAGCUGUGUCUGCUCUAUCUUAUCUGAUAAGCUGUGUCUGCUAUAUCUUAUCUGAUAAGCUGUGUCUGCUAUAUCUUAUCUGAUAAGCUGUCUGCUAUAUCUUAUCUGAUAAGCUGUGUCUGCUAUAUCUUAUCAGAUAAGCUGUGUCUGCUAUAUCUUAUCAGAUAAGCUGUGUCUGCUAUAUCUUAUCUGAUAAGCUGUGUCUGCUAUAUCUUAUCUGAUAAGCUGUCUGCUAUAUCUUAUCAGAUAAGCUGUGUCUGCUAUAUCUUAUCUGAUAAGUUGUCUGCUAUAUCUUAUCUGAUAAGCUGUCUGCUAUAUCUUAUCUGAUAAGUUGUCUGCUAUAUCUUAUCUGAUAAGCUAUGUCUGCUAUAUCUUAUCUGAUAAGCUGUGUCUGCUAUAUCUUAUCAGAUAAGUAUAAAGAAUGCAUGAACAUUUACAUUUACAUUUUAGUCAUUUAGCAGACGCUCUUAUCCAGAGCGACUUACAGGAGCAAUUAGGGUUAAGUGCCUUGCUCAAGGACACAUCGACAGAUUUUUCACCUAGUCGGCUCGGGGAUUAGAACCAGCGACCUUUCGGUUACUGGCACAACGCUCUUAACCACUAAGCUACCUGCCGCCCCCAUGGCUCGGGCAUAUCUCUUUAUCUUUCUCGCUCUCUGGGGCUAAGCUUUUCUUUCUUUGUAUUUAUUUUUAAAAAUAUUAAUGUCGUACAGUGAAUGCCUAGGCCUAUGCAGGCAAUGCACUGACGCACUCAAAUCUCUGACAGCUGAACCGUGAGGUGGACAAUUAUUGUUUUAGGAAAGUAAAAACCAAUAAAACAAUAGGCUAUAAAGUUUUUAAUAUGCUACACAUCGAAACACAACUAAUAGUUGUUUUGUCAUUUGUUAUAGGCAGUUUUUAAGGACACGUAACUGGAUCAUUUGGUCAAUAUCGCUAGUUUUUUUGAUGGCGCUGGCAGCGCCCAGUCGGAGGUUUCUUUCUCUCUCUUUCUACUCUCAGAUCCGAGUCUGUUUUUCCACGGGCCUUUUCGGAACGGGUCUCUGUUUUUUAAAAAUGUGUUUAUGCAUAUCUGGUGGGGUGGGAAAGACACGGAUCCGUUUCAGAACGAGUCCAACUUUAUGGACCUGUGAAGAGCACUACCUUUAAUGCCACGUCCAGUUAACCCCCUAACCUCUGACCACUAACCCUCCACCCACUACAAGACCCUGCUGAAACAACGACACGUCCAGGUAACAGCAGCUAACCUAACCCCUAUGAUAGCCUGGUCCCAACCUGGUCCCAACCCGGUCCCAACCCGGUCCCAACCCGGUCCCAACCCGGUCCCAACCCGGUCCCAACCUGGUCCCAACCUGGUCCCAACCUGGUCCCAACCUGGUCCCAACCUGGUCCCAACCCGGUCCCAACCUGGUCCCAACCUGGUCCCAACCUGGGACCAACCUGGGACCAAACUAUGUCCACGGCACACUACUCCCCCCAAUACUCCCCAUCCGUCUUUACUGUCUGUCUGGGUUGUGUCUCUGUAUCUCAUGAUGGUUCCUCUCCUGUCUCUAGCUGCUGGGUCGUUCCAUAGACCUGAACCGUCUGAUCACCCAGAGGGUGUCUGCUGCUCUCUACAAGUCUCUGGAGCUGGCCAUCAACCGCUUCGAGAGUGAAGAUCUCACCUCCAUCGUGGUACGACCUGCUUUCAGUGUGUGACUGUCCUCUGUAACAGGAACUAGAAGGUCUGAUGAACAUCAACCGUAUGACCCACAAGCUGUCUUCUCCCCCUCCUUGUAACAGGAACUAGAAGGUCUGAUGAACAUCAACCGUAUGACCCACUAGCUGUCUUCUCCCCCUCCUUGUAACAGGAACUAGAAGGUCUGAUGAACAUCAACCGUAUGACCCACUAGCUGUCUUCUCCCCCUCCUUGUAACAGGAACUAGAAGGUCUGAUGAACAUCAACCGUAUGACCCACAAGCUGCUGUCUAAGUUCCUGACGCUGGACAGUAUGGACGCCAUGUUCCGGGAGGCCAAUCACAACGUCUCCGCCCCCUACGGACGCAUCACACUCCACGUCUUCUGGGAACUCAACUACGACUUCCUCCCCAACUACUGUUACAACGGAUCUACUAACAGGUAACACAACUACACUCUACUACUACACACUACUACUACUGCUACUACUACUACUACUACUACUACUACUACUACUACUACUACUACUACUACUACUACUACUACUACUACUACUACUACUACUACUACACACUACUACUACUGCUACUACUGUAGCUCAGCUGGUAGAGCACGGCGCUUGUAACGCCAAGGUAGUGGGUUCGAUCCCCGGGACCACCCAUACACAAAAAUGUAUGCACGCAUGACUGUAAGUCGCUUUGGAUAAAAGCGUCUGCUAAAUGGCAUAUUAUUAUUAUUAUUAUUAUUAUUAUUAUUAUAUUAUUAUUAUUACUACUACAACUACACACUACUACUGCUACUACUACUACACACUACUACUACUGCUACUACUACACACUACUACUACUACUACACUACACACUACUACUACUACUACUACUACUAACACAUACGCUACUACUACUAACUACAGCACUACUACACUACUAGCACUAAACUACUAACUACACACUACUACUACUGCUCACUACAUACACUACACACACACUUACUACUGCUACUACAAACUACUACAACUACACACACUACACACUGCUACUACUACACACUAACACUACUCUACUAAACUACACCACUACUACUACUGCAUACAUACACACACACUACUAACUACAUGCUACUACGAACAACUAACACCAUACUAACUUACUACAAACUACACACUACUCGCUACUACAAACUACACACUACUACUACUGCUAUAUUCCAACUACACACACUACUCUACACUCCACACACUAACUACUGCUACUACUACUGCUACUAAUGCUACUACACUACUACACACUACUACUACUAACUGCACUACUACUACUACACUACUACUAUACCAUACUACUAUACUACACUACACACUACUAUACUGCUACUACUGCUACUACUAACUACACACUACUCUACUACAACUACACACUACUACUACGCUACUACUGCUACUACUACUACACACAACUAUACACUCACUACAACUACUGCUACUACAACUACACACUACUACUACUGAACUACCUACUGCUACUACUACAACUACACACUACUACUACUGCUAUUACAACUACACACUACUACUACUACAACACUACUACUACUACUACUACUGCUACUACAACUACACACUACUACUACGCUACUCUACUACACUACUACUAACACACUACUACUACUACUACUACUACACUACUACUACACUACUGCACUACUGACUACUACUACAACUACACACUACUACUACUGCUACUACUACUGCUACUACUACUACUACUACAACUACUACAACUACACACUACUACUACUGCUACUACUACUGCUACUACUACUACUGCUACUACAACUACACACUACUACUACUCUACUCUACUACUGCUACUACUACUACUACUACAACUACAACAACUACACACUACUACUACUGCUACUACAACUACACACUACUAAACUACUACAACUUACUACAACUACACACUACUACUACUGCUACUACUACUACUACUGCUACUACAACUACACAUACUACUACUGCUACUACAACACACUACUAAUACUACUACAAACUUCCUCUCUCUAGGUUUGUCCGCACGGUCCUGCCCUUCUCUCAGGAGUUCCAGAGGGACAAGCCGCCCAACGCCCAGCCCCAGUACCUGUACGGGUCAAAGGUCAGUACAACCCUAACUCCCAGCCCCAGUACCUGUACGGGUCAAAGGUCAGUACAACCCUAACUCUCAGCCCCAGUACCUGUACGGGUCAAAGGUCAGUACAACCCUAACUCUCAGCCCCAGUAACUAUACGGGUCAAAGAUCAGUACAACCCUGACCCGCAACUUUCAGCCCCAGUACCUGUACAGGUCAAAGGUCAGUACAACUCUAAUCCCUGA